GACACGGAAUCCCUAUUCGCCGACAAAGCUAGUGUUGACAAAUUAUUAACGUGAAUUGUUAAGUAACGUAUGAAAAUGAAGAUUUUAAUAGGGAGUUUGUUGGCACUUUGUGUGACAACAUGUUCGUGCUUGUACUCCAGCACAGAUGACGUUGUAGAACUUACGCCAAGCAACUUCCACAAACUUGUUAUGAACGGUGAUGAACUAUGGCUUAUAGAAUUCUAUGCACCAUGGUGUGGUCACUGCCAACAGCUGGCUCCUGAUUGGAAGAAAGCAGCCACAGCUUUGAAGGGUGUGGUCAAAGUUGGCGCAGUCAAUGCCGACGAGCAUCAGAGUCUCGGUGGACAGUAUGGAAUCAGAGGAUUUCCAACUAUUAAAGUCUUUGGUCUUGAUAAGUCAAAACCUACAGAUUAUCAAGGGGCAAGACAGGCGUCUGGUAUUGUUGAUGCUGCAUUGAGUGCUGCAUCUUCCAUGGUACGACAGAAAUUGACAGGAAAGAAGAGUAGUGGUGGUGGUGGUAGCGGAGGAAGUGGCAAACAGGCUGAUCCCGAUGCAGUGAUUGAGCUGACAGACUCUAAUUUCCAGGAGAAAGUCAUUCAGAGUGAUGAUAUCUGGUUGGUGGAAUUUUUCGCUCCUUGGUGCGGCCAUUGUAAAAACCUUGCUCCACACUGGGCUCAGGCUGCUACGGAGUUGAAGGGCAAAGUAAAAUUGGGUGCCCUAGAUGCUACAGUACAUACAGUAAUAGCAAGCAGAUAUGGGAUUCGUGGAUAUCCAACAAUAAAAUAUUUCCCUGGAGGGAAGAAGGAUGGGGAAGCCCAGGAAUACGAUGGUGGACGUACGGCAUCAGAUAUUGUCAGCUGGGCUUCACAGAAGGUUGCUGAGAAUGUUCCACCUCCAGAUGUGUAUGAGGUAGUGGAUCAGAGAGUCCUCAAAAGUAGUGAUUUAGAGAGUCCACAAUAA